AAAGAUGCAUUCAACUCCAAAUCCCCCUCUCCACACCGAGCACUCAGGCAGUGAGUAGCCCAGCGCACUAGAAGACGCGCAGGUGAUCCAGCGUAAUAUCGCCUAUUUUUCUCCAUGCGCGCAAGGUUAUAUCUCUUCACAAACUUCCAGUUCUCUAGCCCGGGCGGACGCGCAAUGGAUACGCCACGUGAAGCAUGCCGGAAAGACUCACGCGUCUGAUAAAAGUUUGCCUACUACAAUCGCUGUGACAUUGACCGUGCAAACUAUAAAGGAACUUGAGCCGUGUGGUUUUUAAGGCGAUCCCCGUCUUCGGCGCCUUGUUUUGGGUUCCUUGGAUUCCGCGCCGACCGUGCGCUGUUGUCUUUAUAUGUUAAGACAAGGAGACCCGUAGUUUCAGGGUGGUCCUACUCCUGAAGGUGAGAUGAAGGUACUCGGUUGGACCCUAGUUAUCAUCGGCCAGUGGAUUCUACGAAAGGUCCAAGGGUUGGAGAAGCAGAGGGACCUCUCAGACCUUGCCAAAGUGGGACAGGUGAUGAAGACCCCCCCCUAUGGCGUGGUUGGAGCCACAGUGGGCGGCGGUAUGACCGGGGGAGGAGUCAAGCCUCCGUACCAGACCCGCAUCUUCUCAACCUCCAUCGACCAGAACCCCACGAAGUCCAAGCCGCCCAUAUACAGCACCUUUAACCCCUACGACUGGGCCAAGAACCAGUCCCAUCUCCUGGACCAGACAGGCUACCGCUCCAAGCGCAAGCCCUCCCAAAAGACCGCCAUGAAGACCAAGAAGAUCUUCGGAUGGGGCGACUUCUACUUCAACGUGAAGACGGUGAAGUUCAGCCUACUGGUGACGGGGAAGAUCGUGGACCACAUCAACGGCACGUUCACGGUGUACUUCCGCCACAACUCCUCCAGCCUGGGCAACGUGUCUGUCAGCAUUGUCCCGCCCACCAAGGUGGUGGAGUUCGAGGUGCUGCACCCACACCUCCACGGCGUGGCGCCGGUCGAGGUGCAGCUACAGCAGACCCACCAGGCCACCGUGGACCCCAAGGAGGCCAAGACCUUCAACUGCCGGGUGGAGUACGAGAACACCAACCGGUCCAAGAAGCCCAAGCCCUGCCUGUACGACCCGUCCCAGACGUGCUUCACGGAGCACACCCAGUCGCACGCGGCCUGGCUCUGUGCCAAGCCCUUCAAGGUCAUCUGCAUCUUCAUCUCCUUCUUCAGCAUCGACUACAAGCUGGUUCAGAAGGUGUGUCCGGACUAUAACUUCCAAAGCGAACAUCCGUACUUGGGUUGAAGUAAGCUUGAUACUUGAACUGAAAAAGAAAUGAUACUAUAAACAGUGGACAAUGAACAUACACACAUGAUAAUUAUAUUGAGGAUAUUAUUGGUUAUAAGGAUAAACAAUGGGGCCGUUUUUUUUCACCGCGCUCACCUGCUGUUGAAUUGUGGAUAAAAUAAAUGAAUAAAUUAUAAUCAACAUAUAUGGGUGGCUAGGAUCUGGUUGAUACCUCGUAACUUAUUUUCCCACUUUGUAAUUGUUUGCGUUUGUUUGUUUUCUUGUAAAUAAUUUCCAAAAACUUGACCUAAUUCUUGCUUUUAGACAUUGGUUUUACAUGGUUAUUCCUUUUUGCCAGUUGAAGUAAAAGAAAGAAAGUAAUUUUUGGUAUUUUAGUAUGCCCUAGGUGUACAAAGCAACCUUUGGAAUGACUGCUAUGCCAUGGUGUGAUGGCAUACAGCGUUUUACGGUAGACUGACUGUUAGUCAUUCCCUCAGCUCUACGUCUCCAGCCCUGGGUAUAAGAAAGUUAUAUGUCUGAGAAAUGCUAUGCUAGAUAUGCAUACAAUAUACUGUAUGAAAAGCACAUUAAA